AUGGAGGUUCGUGUCUUGGAACCGUUGCCCAAGGGCAUCCUCUCGGUGCGCCUGGGAGGAUGCCGGCGCCAGGCGUCCACGGCCGCCCUGGCAAACCGCAGCUUGAAGUUCCCAGAGCCUCUCCUCGCGGGGGAGGAGUUGAAGGUAGACUUACUGAAGGAAGUGGGCAGCCAGCGAGUAGUGUAUCAGCAUGGCCAGGACCGGUAUCAGGUCUCAUUUGGCGAAGCUUCUCAAUUGACGUUGUCAGUUUCGCCAGACGGUGCCUCGGCGAGAUGUGACGCGGGCAUGGACUUGCCACAGAUCAAGCGGAGGGAUGCAGCUCUGAAUGCCAAGGAAUACUUGGAGCAGCACGCGGUGCUGCAAUACCUCCAAGGCCUCUUGGAGGCUUUGGUGCAGGACAAGCCUGAGGACCCCUACGGCUACAUGUGGCAGCAGCUGAACUUUGCCCGCACUCCGCCGCCGCCUCCGCCGGAUCCGCGCACUCCGCGCACUCCGGACGCGGAGCCUUGGACGUUGCCCUCUGCGGAUUUGAAGGAUGAGAUCUGCGAGGCGCUGGAGAGGUCCUCUGAGCGAUUUCCGCGCUGGCUGGAGGCCAUGGCCGAAGUCAUCGAGUCGCAGACCCGCAGCUUAGGCGGCCAAGGCGACAAGGAGAAGGAGCAAAAGGAGAGUGAGAGAGGUACUGAGCGUCUCGCAGAAGCCCGGCGACAGCUGCGGGCUGCGCUGUCUGCUGCAGCCGAAGACGGGACUCUCCGCGGGCUUCUGGCAGAAACCGCGGCUGACCUAAGGCCAGCACCUCCGCAAGGCGAAAGACCAGCGGUGCCACGGCCAAAGCCCAGAGUCAAAGACAUGGAGCCAUGCCCUCAAGAGAGCCCAGCAGCAACUGGCCAGGAGAUGCCGACUGACGGCAGCAACCAGGAGAUGCGGGAGGCGUGCUGCCUGCUUUCGUCCAGAAUCCUUCUGCGAGUGGCACGCAGAGAUGCACACUCCAGGCCAGUGGAAGCUGUCGAAUCACCUCCGCAAGGCAAAAGCCCAGCGGUGCCACGGCCAAAGCCCAGAGUCAAAGACAUGGAGCCAUGCCCUCAAGAGAGCCCAGCAGCAACUGGCCAGGAGAUGCCGACUGACGGCAGCAACCAAGAGAUGCGGGAGGCGUGCUGCCUGCUUUCGUCCAGAAUCCUUCUGCGAGUGGCACGCAGAGAGGCACACUCCAGGCCAGUGGAAGCUGUCGAAUCACCUCCGCAAGGCAAAAGCCCAGCGGUGCCACGGCCAAAGCCCAGAGUCAAAGACAUGGAGCCAUGCCCUCAAGAGUGCUCAGCGGAAACUGGCCAGGAGUCGACGACUGACAGCAGCAACCAGGAGAUGUGGGAGGCGUGCUGCCUGCUUUCGUCCAGAAUCCUUCUGCGAGUGGCACGCAGAGAGGCACACUCCAAGCUCGUGGAAGAUGUGCACUCAAAGCCCAGCCCCUCGGACAUGGAAGCUGUCGACUCAAAGCCCAGCCCGUCCGGCAUGGAAGCUGUGGACUCAAAGCCUAGUCCGUCAGACAUGGACGCCGUCGACUCAAAGCCCAACCCGUCAGACACGGAUGUCCCGUGGACUCAAAGCAAAGCCCCUCGGACAUGGAAGCUGUCGACUCAAAGCCCAGUCCGUCAGACAUGCAAGCUGUGGACUCAAAGCCCAGCCCCUCGGACAUGGAAGCUGUCGACUCAAAGCCCAGUCCGUCAGACGCGCAAGCCGUGGACUCAAAGCAAAGCCCCUCGGACAUGGAAGCUGUCGACUCAAAGCCCAGUCCGUCAGACAUGCAAGCUGUGGACUCAAAGCCCAGCCCCUCGGACAUGGAAGCUGUCGACUCAAAGCCCAGUCCGUCAGACGCGCAAGCCGUGGACUCAAAGCAAAGCCCCUCGGACAUGGAAGCUGUCGACUCAAAGCCCAGUCCGUCAGACAUGCAAGCUGUGGACUCAAAGCCCAGCCCCUCGGACAUGGAAGCUGUCGACUCAAAGCCCAGCCCGUCCGGCAUGGAAGCUGUCGACUCAAAGCCCAGCCCGUCCGGCAUGGAAGCUGUGGACUCAAAGCCCAGCCCCUCGGACAUGGACGCCGUCGACUCAAAGCCCAGCCCGGCAGAGACGGAUGUCGUGGACUCAAAGCCCAGCCCCUCGGACAUGGAAGCUGUCGACUCAAAGCCCAGUCCGUCAGACGCGCAAGCCGUGGACUCAAAGCCCACCCCCUCGGACAUGGAAGCUGUUGACUCAAAGCCCAGUCCGUCAGACAUGCAAGCUGUGGACUCAAAGCCUAGUCCGCCAGACAUGGACGCCGUCGACUCAAAGCCCAGUUCGUCAGACAUGCAAGCUGUGA